UCAUAACUUAAAGUUUGUCGUCUGCAGUGGCAGCGGACGGAGAGUCGAAUCUGCUGCAAGUCUAAACCUCUCAUUUAUUUUAAUUGUCACGCUUAGAAGAGCAUGAGAUCACAGUGAAUAAUACGUAGAACAGUGUGGUUUUCGACAAAUGGCUCAGUUUGCUAAACCACGCUUUGUGCCAACUCCGCCGGAUAAGGGAAGUUUCCCUUUGGAUCAUGAUGGUGUUUGCAAGAAUUUGAUGAGUACUUACAUGAAAUGUUUGGCCACCAACAAACAGGACAAUACUAAGUGCCGAGAGGAAAUAAAGUUAUAUUUAGAUUGCCGAAUGAACAACAAUUUGAUGACCAAAGAAGAUUGGAGAACCCUCGGCUUAGAUGAUGUUGAAACUAAGUCAAAAGUGAUACAGAAGUGAGGUUACUUCCUGUUCUGUUUACU